AUGGAUAUUUCCAAGAAAAGCAUGGGCAUAACACCCACGUAUGAAGGAGACUUGUCCUCUGAACCGGACAUUCCAGCCCCUGGACAGGAUUCAAACAAGGGAACUAAACGAAGAAUUGCAACCAUCUACGAUGCCGUAGCAGGUAAGACCUCUAUUCAUGAUCAUCCAGUGUUGCGCUCACAUCAAGCAGGUAAGGUUUCAUACGGCUUGGGACCCGGCCCAGAACCAGAGGAAGCUCAGUACACACCUCGCCAUCCCAAGUCCAUCAGAUACUCCACAAAGGACGUCCCUCUAGCCCCCGAUGAGGUUCUCUUUAGACGAAAGAACGCACCCGAGCGUUACCUGGAGCAUGAUAUCUACUACUCCCAUGAACGAGACCUUCCCCAUGGGGGACAGGGCGUUUUGCCAGAGAGUGACCUCUUGAAAGCCAUCCACGCCUAUACCAGCGCAUUUUACAGCGCGAGAAAUCGCCAUCAUCAGGCCACAGAUGCAAAACCUGUCACUGACCGAAGCAUGGAUGAAACGGCCCUUUUGGCCUUUGGCAUCUUGCUCGAGGAGGCUGGGAAGGAGGUCCUUGGACGGCGAGGCCACCUUGUCUUCACCGAGGGUGCAGAAGAUGUUCCUGAUGAUGGACCCGAGCCAACUGAUGAUACUCGGUUCAUUGGGAACCAUGACAUUGCCUUGCGGGGACGCUCGAAGCGUAGAAAGCUUGCCGAUAGUGAUAUCGAAUGA